AUGAUUAAUAGGAACCUUAUCGGUGUUGGCCCUGUGGGAUGCAUGACUGCUGACCAGAAGAAAAAGCUGCUGUGGGGAAACAAAAAGAGCACAACAGCAGAAGAGGUUGGCCACCGUUGGGAUACAACUUUGUUUUCUGAUCGGGAAAGACAAGAAAAAUUCAACAAACUCAUGGGUGUGAAGGGCGAAGUAAAGGUGGAACAGAAACCCGAGAACGAAGAUCAGAAGCAGAAGGAACUCCAAAUGGAUUUAGAGAAGCAGUACACUGCUGGACUGCGAAGAAGAGAUGGCCGUACUGUUGGAUUAGAAAUAGAGAGCAAAUACUGGGGAGAAGAGAGGAUGAACAAGGGUGGAGGAAGAGUGGCUGGAAGGAAAUGGAAAAAAUGCCUAUGGAAUGAGUUUCAAUAUUGCCAAGCGUGUAACGAUUGCUGGGGUUCAGGCAUGGAAUCAGUCUAUGGCUGUGGUUGGCUGCAACCCACCUCACUUAGGAGGAACCACAGCUUCACAGGCCAUGUCUUCUCUAUUAAGAAGAAACGUACCACUGUACGAACUGCUAGUUAA